ACAAAAUCCCCGCAAAAAGGCCAAAAUCCGAUUUCUUCUCCCAUUUUCCUCUUACGUUCGAGAAAUCCUGAAUCUCAGAUUCUUGAUCUGCCGGCGAUCCCCUUAUUCUUCUCCGUAUCCGACGCCCAUUACAGCGGCCAAAGCUCUGGAAGUCCUCUCCUCUUCGCCCCAUCUUCGUCUCCACGUUUGGAAUGCAGCGAUAGUAGUGUUGUGUCUGGUGUGCGUGCUGUCUACUCUUCGUCUUCUGUCUCUUUGUUCUUACCGUUCUUCUUCGUCUCAACCCUCACCAGCCUUAUUAGAGCAAUCAAACACAGUUCACACCUUUUUUAUCCUCCCUUGAGUUCAAUCGGUUAGUGGGCAUUUUUGCUGUCAGAAUGAGCGAUCACAAGGCUUACUAAAAUCCCGCCCAAGGUGUCUCUGGGGAGUACUGAAGUGGUAGGAGUCAGAUUGAUUGAGCAGUGAGCAAACGAGUGGAGUAUAUAAGUGGAGAGCUAUGGCAGUAGUUGUAUCUGCUCCUGGGAAGGUUUUGAUGACUGGGGGCUAUCUUAUCUUGGAGAGACCAAAUGCUGGCCUUGUACUUAGCACAAGUGCUCGUUUCUAUGCGAUCGUGAAGCCAAUUUAUGAAGCUGUCAGUCCUGACAGCUGGGCGUGGGCAUGGAUAGAUGUGAAGUUGACAUCUCCUCAACUCUGUAGAGAAAGCAUGUACAAAAUGCCUCUAAAGCACUUGACCCUUAAGUGUGUCUCUUCGAGGGAGUUGAGCAACCCUUUCGUGGAGCAAGCAGUACUAUACACUGUGGCAACUGCACAUGCAAUAUUUUUUGACAAGAGUAAGAAGGAUAUGCUAUGCAAUCUACUUUUGCGAGGUCUUGAUAUUACGAUCUUAGGUUGCAACGAUUUCUAUUCAUACCGUAAUGAGAUUGAGGCACAUGGACUACCUUUGACGCCUGAAUCAUUGGCCUCCCUUCCACCUUUUUCAGCAAUUACUUCUAAUGUAGAGGGUUUAAAUGGGGAGAAGUUUAAACCUGAAGUUGCUAAAACAGGAUUGGGAUCAUCUGCAGCAAUGACAACUGCAGUGGUUGCAGCUUUACUUCAAUACCUCGGAGUUGUUAAUCUUCCACUUCCAACUAAUACUCUACACCAAGAAAAGAUUGAAAGCGAGGAUCUUGAUUUGGUGCAUGUAGUAGCUCAGAGUGCUCAUUGUAUUGCACAAGGGAAGGUUGGCAGUGGGUUUGAUGUCAGUGCUGCAGUCUACGGCAGUCAACGCUAUGUUCGUUUUUCACCAGCAGUACUUUCUUCUGCUCAGGUUGCUGUCAAAGAAAAGCCAUUGCAAGAGACCAUCACUGAUGUUAUAAAAGGAAAUUGGGAUCACCAGAAGACUAAGUUCUCCUUACCACCAUUGAUGAAUCUUCUCUUAGGUGAGCCAGGAACAGGAGGAUCAUCAACACCAUCAAUGGUAGGUGCUGUUAAGAAGUGGCAAAUAUCUGAACCUCAAAAGGCCCAAGAUACAUGGAGAAGGUUAGCAGAAGGGAACUCAGAACUCGAACUUCAACUCAGUAUGUUGAGUAAAUUGGCAGAAGAGCAAUGGGAUACCUACAAAUACGUCAUCAACAAGUGCAGUAAGCAUAAGUGUGGGCAGUGGUUGGAGCAAGCCACUGAUCCAUGUGGACAAGCAAUCGUUAACGCUUUGUUAGGAGCAAGAGAUGCUGUUCUUGAUAUCAGAUUACAUAUGCGUCAAAUGGGUGAGGCUGCAGGUGUUCCGAUAGAGCCCCAAUCACAAACUCAGCUUCUGGAUACCACCAUGAAUAUGGAAGGGGUUCUGUUGGCUGGAGUUCCUGGGGCAGGUGGCUUUGAUGCGAUUUUUUCUGUAACUUUAGGUGACUCCAGCAGCUGUGUCACCAAACUGUGGACUUCACUUGGUGUUCUAUCACUGCUGGUGAGAGAAGAUCCUCGUGGUGUUUCUUUAGAAAGUGGAGAUCCACGAACCAAGGAAAUUUCAUCAGGCAUCUCAUCCAUUCAUAUUGCUUAGGAUACUUUUACUUCUUGCAUGUAUCAAAUAAGUAAUGCCCUGAUCGAAAUAAAGAGAAUGAUCCAAUGGCCGAAAUUAAGUUGACACCGAACAAAAAGAUAUGGAUUUGCUAUAUGAAAGGUUAUUUAUCUGUUGCAAAUUGUAAUACUUGUGAGGUUUUAGAUCUCUGUAACAGUCUUCGGAUUGAAAUCUUUUUUGGUCUUGGCCCUGCUUGGCUGGUUUU